GCCAAAUUGAAAUAACGGCUUCUUACUGAUAACUUAACUUAGAUUUAUGAGGUCUUUUACUGUUUUAUUUUCAUUUGUCCUCGACUUGAAACUAAAAAUAGAAGAACUAGCAGCACUGAAGCUUGUUUGUUUAUAUGAGAUCUUUCUGGCCAGUCAUGCUUUAAUGAUUCCAUCUGGGAAUCAAUAUUCGGGAUCUAUUAUAACUUGAUCUCAACUAAACCAACAAGUCUGGCUUCAAUGCAUCUACCAUUCACAAUGUCAUACGCAGUGAGUACCUUGGGCGGGGUGGACGUGUAUGUAUUCAAUCUGAAUUUCUACAUUUUGGAAACGAAAUUAUUCAAUGAAGACCAUUCAGUGGAUUGGAGUUUUACUCCUCAUUGGAGGAAUCUCAUGGGUGAAUGGACAGAGUUGUGGAUCAACCGUAUCAAACUUUAGUGGAGAAAUCAAGUCCCCAGCAAAUGAAAGUGAAUGUUACAACGGGAAGAGAUGUUCAUGGCAUUUUGUACUACCUCAUCAAACGAUGCUCAAAUUGAAUUUCACAACAACAUUUAUUUCACAAGGAAGUCUCAACAUUAACAUUACAGGCCAAGAAUCUGAUAUUGGCCGCGUUUCCCUCCUCACACUUCCAUCAAACACCGACGAGGUAUGUUGGAUAAACCGUGAACCUGGUAAUUGCUUGAAUGAAGUAAAUACGACAUGUAUGACUGAGCACUGGGACAGAGUAACGGAUGUAUGGGUUAACGACGAAUGCCAGCCUUCUAAAGUUCGAUUCAAAUUUACUUAUGAAUACAUCGAUUGUAAAACAGGAAAAAGACUUGAACAACCAACUACCACGGCCCUACAGACUCCCAGCCAAUCAGUAACCGUACCCCUUAAUUCAACCAAUCAUAUUGCAUCAACUACCCAGGCAAACAAACCCAACCAAACUACUCAUACACCAAUGUCCCAUUUCAACAUAUCCAACCAGACUACUCAUACACCAAUCUCCCAUUUUAACAUAUCCAACCAGACUACUCAUACACCAAUGUCCCAUUUCAACAUAUCCAACCAGACUACUCAUACACCAAUCUCCCAUUUUAACAUAUCCAACCAGACUACUCAUACACCAAUGUCCCAUUUCAACAUAUCCAACCAGACUACUCAUACACCAAUGUCCCAUUUUAACAUAUCCAACCAGACUAUAGAUACACCAAUGUCCCAUUUUAACAUAUCCAACCAGAUGACGUCUAACCCUGUCUCUACCGACUCUCUCAUGAUAAUUUUGCCAAUAGUUGCAUCCGUGAUGGUAGCAAUGAUAGCUGUUGUGAUUGGAUUAUUGAUUUAUUGGAAAUACAGACAACAAGGCGACGGAGAAAAUAUCGCAAGGUUGGCACUAGAGCCCGUUUAUGAAGAGAUUGCCGGACCGCUCGGUAGUUCUGGACAAAACCCCCAAAUCGUGCCCGAGGUAGAUGGAGAAGGGUAUCUGUCCCCGAUGCCCCAACAAACUGUUCAAAUACAAAGUGUUGAGGAGGCUUAUGAAAUCGCUUAUGCUGAUAUCCAAGAGCCCGAUUAUAUUGUCCCAGAAAAUAUUCCUGCCCCCAAACCACCAAUCCCAAUACAACCUUCCAGAAAGCCACCAACCCCCAAGACUGAAUUGCCUCAUGAUGCUGAAGGAUAUGCCGUACUUACCACCCCAUCAAACCCUAGCAUUGCUCGUCAAACCCCGAUUGCAGAGGUUGUGUAUGCCGGGGCUGAAAAUGAUGCUGCCCCGCCCAAUGCGAUUUAUGAUGACACAGGGACUGCCCCGCCAGAAAAUAUCACUGCCCCACCCAAUGCGAUUUAUGAUGACACAGGCACUGCCCCGCCAGAAAAUAUCACUGCCCCACCCAAUGCGAUUUAUGAUGACACAGGCACUGCCCUGCCAGAUCAUAUCACUGCCCCGCUCAAUGCAAUUUAUGAUGACACAGGAACUGCCCCGCCAAAAAAUAUCACUGCCCCGCCUAAUGCGAUUUAUGCUGAUACAGGGUCAGUCAUGACAAAUGACCAUGACAAGUCAAAAGUCACUGAGAUGGGGAAGCGCUCUCGCCAUUCUAUUUAGUCACAUACUAUGUGCUGCUAUUUUGCUUUGGAUGUUGUAAUUGUAUUAUAAUCUGGCUGUUUCUGCUGACUAAGAUGUCAUCUGUAAUAAAUACUGAUAGGAUGGGAUUUUCAAAUUUAUCCCACCGGAGAGAAUAGAAUCAAGUAACUUUGAAAGUUUUAGACAAACUUUAUUUGAAAAAAAAUUGAAAAAAAAUAUAGAGUGUUGUUUUUGUUUUAUUUCAUGUAAUCAGAUUUUUUUUAUUGAUUUUGAGUGAAAUAUUUUGUUCAUUUAUGCUCUGUGAUUUCCAUAAUAAUUUAACUAUGACCAAACAAAGCAAUCUAAACAAUCGGUGGUUCCCAAUCCUUUGCCUAUUUUGAAACUUUUUAUUCCUCUUUGAAUAUGCAUGAAAAAAAACUUUAGUUAUUUGUCAAUCUUCUGUAGCUAGCCAUGACCCACUACUGCUCCACAGAAACAUCUUUGAUUUUUUUAAAUAUUUAUAUUAUUUGUUUUAGACUUUUUGAUAAAUUAUCGUAUUUCCCGGCAAAUAAGUCUCUUUUCUAGACCCAAAUUUUUGGCCUGAUUUUUUUUUUGGGGGGGGGGUCGUCUUAUUAGGCGAGUAUGAUAUAUUUCAUUUUUUUGUUGUCGCCUUAUUAUGUAUUAGGUAAUGUUCUUUUAUGGUGGACGCAAUCGUGAGUUAAACAUACAUAAGUAGAUUAAAAUUUAAAGACAGUUUGAAUUCCCGUAGUUAUUAUGGAUUGGAAAUUACGCUACAAGAAAACGUCAUUAUAAGCUAUUUUAAACCAAUGCACAAACGAGGCGCCGCUCAAGAGGCAUUGCAUGGUAAUUUGGGAUUCCGAUGUUGAUGCGAUUUCACUACCCCGACUUAUUGGCAGGUUAUAUGCAAAAACCCAUUUUUUCAGGCUGGAAAAUGGGCCUCGUCUCAUUGACCCGGCAGACUUAUUCGCCAGGAAAUAUGGUAGUUAAAUUUGAUUGUAUUAGAAAUGAGAUGAUAAUUCUUUUUUUGCUACAAAUGGUUAUUUUCAUUUCAAUUAUUAAACUGAAACUGCCUUUUUUUGUCUUUCUUGAAGAUUUUCCCUUGUAUAUAAAAGUUAAUGGGCUACACAAUUUUUUUUCACCACAUUUUUUAUUACGAUUUGUCAGAUAAUGUCAUAUCAAUGUUAAUGUUUAGCUUCAACCUAAUUGCCCCCCCAACCCCCCACCACCUGAAAAAAGAGAUCAUAGAUAUAUUUGCGUUGAAAUGCUUUAAAACAAUAUUAGUCGAACAACACCAAAUACAAAGUGAAAUUUUUUUCUUCAAUGGGGGGGGGGGGAUUCUACCCCGUUUGAAAAACAAACAUUGUGUUAAAUGAACUGACUUUGAGCUGAAUGGAGUUUAAAAUGUUUUCCUUUUUUAUAAUUAUAUUGAUAUGUUGUUGAUUACGCUACAUUAAUGUUGAUUUGAUGUCAAUAAUAAUUUUUUUAAUAUAAUAGGAGUUAUUUCAAAUUUAUUAAUUUGACAAGUGAAACUUUUUUGAAUUUCCCAUAAAUUGAUGAAAUUGAGGAUUCCUCCUUUUUGAACAAUCAUAGAGUUCGAAAAUAUUAAUUUGGAAUCUUUAUACAGUUUGGCUCUUAUCAAAACGUCAAUUUUCCAUAUUUUUAUGUCAAAUAUUUUGUUACACGGAAAAAACUUUUUGAUGAAUAUACUUGGUGAAUAAAAGAAUGUUUGAAAAAA